GGGGCGCUGGGGGAGGAGCCCCCGAAAGGGGAAGAAGAAAGUGCAGCGCCAAGUAAGACGCUCGCGGGGGGAAAGGCUGGCCGGGCCGGGUCGCGCGUCCCCGGGUUGCUCGGCGCCCUGCGCACGGACCGCAGCGCUGCGGGGAGACCCCGACGCCCCAAGGGGAAGGAAGGAUGGGAUUUCUCUGGUGUUUAAUGAGUUUAUGCUUUUAUGGGAUCUUCCAAAGUGAUGCCUCAGAACGCUGCGAUGACUGGGGAUUGGAUACCACAAGGCAGAUGCAAGUGUUUGAAGAUGAGCCAGCUCGCAUCAAGUGCCCACUCUUUGAACACUUCUUAAAAUAUAACUACAGCACUGCCCAUUCUGCUGGUCUUACACUGAUCUGGUAUUGGACCAGGCAGGAUCGAGACCUGGAGGAGCCAAUUAACUUCCGUCUUCCUGAAAACCGCAUUAGUAAGGAGAAAGAUGUCCUUUGGUUCCGACCUACGCUCCUCAAUGACACAGGCAACUAUACCUGCAUGUUAAGGAAUACAACAUAUUGCAGCAAAGUUGCAUUUCCUCUGGAAGUCGUUCCAAAAGAUAACUGCUUCCGGUCUCCCAUGAGACUCCAAGUACAUAGACUGUUUCUGGAAUACGGUAUUCAAAGGAUCACUUGUCCAAAUGUAGAUGGAUAUUUCCCUUCCAGUGUAAAACCAAACAUCACUUGGUAUAUGGUAAGCAAAUUAAGAUAUUUUAAUUGGCCCACUCUCCUAUAG